GGCGCCGCGGGCCAUACCCACGGAGACCCUGGGCUAGAGGGUGAGCCGGGGCACACGGGACGGGACUAUCCUGUCACCGGAACAGGCGCCCGGCCAUGAGGAACACGAGCAAAGAGCUGCACGGCGCCUCGCAGCGCUACGCUCCCUGCGAUUGGUAUUACCACCUCCCCAUGAAGCGGUCCGAGAAGGCUGUGGAUGCCCCACCAGCAUCCCAGAUCCCAGGUCUCAGCAAUUUGGGGGAAUCCCAAAAUGGGAACACGCUUGGGAUUCGGAGAUACUGGAUAAAAGAAACGGACUCGGAAUACGUGAAGCUCGCAAAACAAGGCGGCAGGCCUGAUUUGUUGACACACUUUGUCCCUGGGACCAGGAAAGGCUCCCCGGUGGCCUACUCCCUAGUCCGUGCUGUCUCCAUGCCAGAUUACAUGGUUUAUGAAGAAUUUAACCCUGACCAAACCAACGGUAGCUAUGAAUCCAGGAGAGGGCCCUACGACUUCGACAUGAAAACGGUUUGGCAAAGAGAGGCUGAGGAACUUGAAAAGGAGAAAAAAAAGGUGAGGCUACCAGCCAUUAACUCAAAGUAUCUGAGCAAAGUGGGGACUCCACUUGGCCCUAAAGACCCUGCAGGAAGUCGGCUGUCCUUCCCACCGAUGCCUGGUCAAAAAACCAGUUCACCAACAAACUUUUCCAAACUUAUCAGCAAUGGUUACAAGGAUGACUGGUUACAGAAACAGCAAGCGGAUUCAGACAGGAGAACAACCCCAAGGACGUCCAGGACGUCGGUGUCAUCUCAGUCCACACGAGACCCUGAAGGGCCCCAACAUGCAGAGGUGCCCCAAGACCUGGAGGCUCCUGAAGGCUCUGAGAAAGUUCAAGAGUCUUCACCAAGCCAGGAAGCACCUCCAUCUGCAUCAACACCAGCAGAGCUAAAAUAAAUCCUGAUUCAAUAUGUAUUUAGGUAACUUAAAUGGCUAACUAUGAUAUGACUAUGUUACAGCUAUAUUUAUAAGGCUCCUGUUAUAUCUUAUUAAUAUAGAUUCUUAUGGAAUAAUUUAUCUUGCAGCAGAUUUGAUAUCAUUGCAGCAUAGAUGGUGCAAGUGUUAGGUUUUGUCUCUUGCAUUUCUCUGGGAUGUUAAACCGGUGGUCACUAAACACAGCUAAGGCCUCUUGCACCCUUGGCCUUGCUGGCCUGCUGAUAUCCCAGUGUCUCAGAACCAAACACUUCCUCCCUGUCAUCAGCUAACAUCACCUCCUGUGUGAAGCACUGCUGGGUGGCUUUUCUAUUAGACCCUUAACUAGAAAAAACUCACAGAACAAGCUUUAAGCCUUUUCCUCUAUUUGGUCCUGUAAUCCUUAUAGAAAUAAUUUCCCUGUUACAAAAAAACUUAAUUCCAGAAUAUGGUGAUAUAGUUUAUGUUAAGAAAGAGAUUUUAAUUUAUUAUGCCUUGAAGUUUUAAACAUUAAAUAUAAACCAUUGUAACAUUUGCUAGCUUUCAAUUUUUGCUAAUACUUUUUGCAUAAACUGAAGUCCAGAAUAUUUAACAUUUACUAUUUUGUAUCUUUAAGUAAAAAUAUGUUAAAUUUUAAUAUUUAAUUUAGUAGGCUUAACAAAAUCUAAUAAUAAGACUGAAUUCUCUUGUUUUAUAAAUUUUAUUAUUGUUUAUAACUAGCAUGAAAUGUGGUUAUAUAUUUUGUACAUUUAAUUCAUUAGUAAAAUAAUUUUCUGCAGGAAGGUUUUGGAAAGCCAAAUAAGGUCACAGAUAUUUUAGCUUCUUUCCCAGAACAAACAUCAUGCACUUGCUCACCUAAAAUGUAAGGUUCAAAUUAGUUCUUUAAAUUAGAUACUUAAUUGAGCGUAUAUAUCUGUAUUGCUUGAUCAAACUGAUACUUCCAUGGGAGAAUGUAUACACUGUGUGAAAAAUGUGAAUGGCUGUAUGUACUGAAUAAAAAGAAUAUGCUAUUAUAGUAAAAA